AUGGCAGGCAUUAUAACCCUUUCGAAUGGCCAGCAAUUCAUGCUACUGUCAUAUGAUGGCAAGUUAGCCUACAAAUAUGGGUUGGAGAAAUCAUCAUUGACGCAGCUAGCGAAUCCCCCAUCGCUGCCGACACCACCGGACUCACUCACAAUUGACAAGAUCUUCGCGUCGAGAUUCAUCACGGCAGGUCCGGACUCCAAACUUUCCUAUGUGCAAGAGAACAGUUGGUACUACUACCUCACCAGGAUCACGCUUCGAAAACUGGAGAUCCAAAUCCAUGCCUCAUCUGAGCGUUUAAACGACGAGAACUGGCAUACUCUCAUUGAAACAAUGUCCGAUACGGAGAAACCUCAUCUACAAGAUUUCCUCCAAUGCAUUACAAGCGGUAUCUCGGAAUUUGAAACCCAGCUCCAGAGCUGCUGGGAGCGAUUGGGCUCGGCGAUGGAUAUCAACUUGGACAAUGUCACAGUCGGAUGUCUCGAUGAGCUGGUAGAGUAUUUGUGGAUCAAGUUCUUUUGGAUAAGGCAUGAUUUGUUGCGCAUUGCAUUGACCAUGGUUCUGUGCUUUGAAUCUGAAGCUAAGGAGUCGAGCGCGCUCACAGAGUUUCCGAUGGUAGCGGAGACGUUUGUUCGGGAUGGCCAAUCGUGGUUUGGCAGCCUAUGUGGCUGUUAUGAUAGUUGCUUUGAAUACGCACCGAAAUCAUGGCUCCUGGUUUGGGCCUAG